CUCUAUGAAACUCUUUAACCUGCCCUCGUCUUGCACUGAUUCUUAUGAAUGCUGUUGUAGCUGUCUGCUGGUUGGUGGAGGCUUGCCAUGUGUACGACUGUGUGAGGUUGAGACGGUAAUGUAUAAAAGCAGCAUGUGACAUAUGUACUUCACAGACAGCUUUCAGUAUUAGGCUAGUGGCUUUCUUCCAUUGGCCCGGUGCGAUAGACCAGAGGCUCUUUGUGGUGUGUGAAUAUUCUGCCUGUGAGAGACUGAGAUUCAGGACACUCAUUCGCGCAGCAGAGAUGCAAAGAGAUUGGGCACACUGCUCUAAGCAGGGCGAAUCAGCAGUAGACGGAAAAGCUGACUAGCUAAUGCCUCAUUUGCUUAUGCUGCGGGACCAGUGUGAAACAAGAGGGGAAAGAGGAGCAGCGUUCAUUGAGUGAGCAGCACCGUGUGUUCCCAGCACAGAUCAUCAGCAGGCUUCUCGUUUGCAGUCCACUUGAACUGUGUGUGCACUGUGUGCAUGGGAGCUACAGCAGCAUAUGGCGUGUUACUAUAUUGUCAUCAGCUCUACACACCUUAGCAAUGGCCAUUUCAGAAACAUCAAGGGAGUUUUCCGUGGCCCUCUCUGCAAGAAUGGAAACAAGACACUGGAUUAUGCUGAAAAAGAAAAAGCAAUAACUAAAGCUUUAGAGGAUCUGAAGGCUAACUUCUACUGCGAAUUAUGUGACAAACAAUAUUACAAACAUCAGGAGUUUGAUAACCAUAUCAACUCUUAUGAUCAUGCUCACAAGCAGAGACUGAAAGAACUGAAGCAGAGGGAGUUUGCCCGGAAUGUUGCUUCCAAGUCAAGAAAAGAUGAAAAGAAACAGGAAAAAGCGCUCAAACGUUUACACGAGCUGGCAGAACUCAGGAAGCAAGUACGCUGUGCCCCAGGGAGUGGUCCCAUGUUCAAGUCUACUACCGUUGCUGUUAAGAAUCCCCCGGGGAAAAAUCAUCCGUGUACCAACCUGGUCACUGAAGGACCAGACAGUAAAGCGACGGACCCUGAAUGCGGGAUGGCUGGAAACACGUUGGAAACCGGCAGAGGAACGAACAAGUCGCCGGCAAGCUGCAUGGCUGACGUGCGGAAGGUGGAACUCUGCAAGCUGGGGAAACAGAUCCGUGGACAGAAGGUGGGAUUCUCCUUCUCUUUCCCCAAGAAGGUCCCCGUUAAGCUGGAAUCAUCGGCUGCGGUUUUCUGUGAGAACAGCGAAGAAGGAGCCGGUAAAAAGAAUGCAAUCCUCAAACACAAGAUCAACGGCAAAACUUCCAACAUUCAAACGGGCACCGUGGCUGAGACCGCUGUUGAUUUAGCGAGCAACAAACACCAGCAACAAAACAAUGGCCACAGUGUGGUAGAGACCUUGCUUAAAGAGGUACCGCAAGAAUUGGCCAUAAAGGGUUUUGACUAUGGUAUAGGAGAGACUACUAAUCUUUCAUCUUGUGUAUCUCAAGUUCAAUGCAGGAGUAAGCCAAAGCUUCCCAUGUUGGUGUCUGUGCCAUCAAUGAAACAAGAUACACUGCAGAAGGAAGUUAAAGCCACAGAAAAUGCCAUGAUGGAGAACUUCGGUCCUAAUGAAGAUGUAGCUGUGAGCAGCCAAGUGAUAAAUUCAUUCCGGGAAAGUGAAGGAAGCACACCAUCUGAUGAAUUAACCCAGAGGGUUCAUGUCACCGGGGAGACCCUCAACAGUUUGCCUGAGAUUGGUUGUUCUGAGAAACAAGUGGCAGAGAUUACUGCAAGAGGCAUGCAAAAUAACCCAUGCUUGUGCAGAAGACCAGAUGCCCCUUUCUUCCCUGUGAUCAGCAAAGAUGAAUCAACCGUCCUUCAGUGGCCUUCAGAGAUGUUACACUUUACCAGCACACAACCUUCCAUAACGUUUUGUUGCAACCCCCUCUAUUUUGACUUUAGAUCAUCCAAAUCUAAAGGCUGUGCAGAAGAGAUUAGGUCCAAAGCAAAUGAUUUAGAGACAACCCUGAGUUCACAGAAGGAACCAAGAAGACCUUGUGUCAAUGCUAAAGGGGAUUUUCUCAAUAGCUGUUCCGAUAUGAACCUAAACAUCUCUAGGUUGAAUGCACAAGAUAUCAUCUGUAAUAACGAGACGUACCAUGCUGGUCAAAAAAACGAUCUUGAUGUUUGUAACAAACAAGUGGUUGGGUUAAAGCAUCGCCACAAUGGGACUGAGCAAGAGGCGUCCAUUAGAGAAAUUAUAUCUUACUGCAAGCCUAAAAAAUUUAAAAAGCACAGACGAUCUUCCAGGCACUUGAGACAUAAGCGAAGGAAGCAUAGGACUGCAGGAGGUUUUAAACACUGGAGAGGAGAGGGCAAGCAGAUUCACCUGUGUAAAAAGAUGAAAAGGAGUAAAAUAUCAGGGGAGUGCAGAAGUAGAAAGACAAGUGAGGUGGGUGAAGGUUCCAGUAGUUCAGGGCCAAUUGAAUUGUCUGGUGAAGAACAUGUCAUAGACAGUGAUGAAUGCAAAGAUGGGCACGGAAAGAUGAGCACAGAAAACUCAGAAGGAAGCCCUGGCCACUUUGAGGAUAAAUUUGAUCAAAGCAAUAAAACCUCGGAGAAACUAGAUAUAUUCUGGAAAAAUAUUGAUUGUGAUGCUCCAAAAAGAAAUACCUUGAAAAAUAAAUGUAUCCAUAGAAUAUGCAAUACAAAUAAUGAAGCAGAAGGAAAAAGAGCAGGUAGUGAUGCGGAAUUUGAUGCUUUUCCUAUAGAUAAUGAGACAAAAACUGUUUGCAGACAGCAGAAGACGUGUUCGCUGGCCAGAAAUCCUGCAGGAGACUCAUCAUCUGACACGUGUUUGCAUAAAAGAAAGCAAAGAAGGGCUGGAAAUGGCUACAAUUCUUUCUCAGAUGUGGAAUAUUCAGAUCAACUCAGCGAUGAAAGACAUUCUUGCCAGAACCAUUCGAAGAAGCGGCGCUAUGCAUCCUUGAAUGGUGAGGCAGGUAUAAUUUAUCGCAAACGCUGUCGAUAUAGAUAUUCGUUGUCGCCACAUAAAGAUCACAAACAACGCCUUAACUCGCCACAUAGGAGAUGGAGCCAAGUGGGCAGUUCUAGUGUGGACUUUAACCACAAAAACAGAAAAGAAUCUCGCCAAGAAAAGCAACAAUGUCAAGCUAGGCACAAUUUAAAGAGCAACGCCUCAGAAAGAGGAAGCUGUUUAACAUCAGAUGGGCUGCUCCCAUGCUAUCCUUCAUUGCAAGACAAUACGUGGGGAGUCUCGGCGCCAAAUGAUCCAGGGAAAGAUAAAAAUAUGAUAAGUGUCCCGCCUUCCAUGACAGAGGAACGUUACACCUCAAUGGUUAAACCAUCGAUGGGAUGCUCUGUGGGAGAUGUCCAUUCAAAGGCAAACAAUCAGCUCCUAGACAGGCCGGUGUCCAAAAUCACACCAUGCGAUAUGCGUGAAGUCGAUGUACAAACAGAAAGCAGGUUAUCAGAAAUGUGGAUUAAUCGCACAGACCCAACAGGGGAUGUUUUACUUCCUAGGCUUUCAUUUGUCCUAGAGGACAGCACAGAGGCGCCUCACAGUGAACAAGAACAUAAUCAGGGUCUGUUGCAGAAAGAUGGGAUUACUCAGAAGCAGGCUGACCCGUGUGGGGAUACUGUGAAAGAUAUCAAGGCAUCCCUAAACGAAGUCUUUCUCUGCCGUUAUGAAGCUAUACCCAAGGGAUGUGCAGAGGGAAGGUGGCUUCAAGGUAGCUCAAACAUUCCACACUCCAAUGCCCAGCAGAAGGACGCUAUGUCACUUACUGGCAACAGACCCCAAAAGUCGGAGCAACUGUCCAAACCUUUCUCCCCGCUUUCUCAAACAAUAUCCUUCGCGCCCGAAGAAAUCGAGAAGUACAGGCAACUGCAGAUGCAAGCUCAGCAGCACAUUGAGCAACAGAAGCUGGACAGCAGAGUGAAGGCACCUUCCUCCACUGCAGUAGGUCCCAUGCAGCCUCCCGUCCCUCGCCAGCAGUCUGUGACCACCGCAUCGAUUACCACCAUCCACCGCUCCGUGCUCCAGCGCCACCCAGCUACUGCCUCCAUGACCACAGGGUCGUUCAUACAGCCUCACCUGCAGUCCCUCCCACAUAUUCACCCUCUCCCGCCACACUUAACACACAUUUCAUUAGCGCAUGCCCUUUAUCCAGGUGGCCCCCCGACGUUUCUAGCAGCUCCGCAACUUCACAUUAUUCCCGCCUGUGCUCUCCAACCCGACCACUUUGCCCUGCACCCGUUGCCAGCCGCUGCCUUAUUCCCCCCAUUGCUCACCCUCCACACACCUGCUAUUCCUCUCCACCAUUUCCUGAAUUCCACAUUCGCCACCCAAGAUUUUCUGCACCUAACAGGAGCACCCACGUAAACUGCGGGAUGAAAUUAAUGUAGCCUGGAAUCCAGGACUGGGUUUUCAUCAAGUCUGUAAAUAAUAAUGGCAUUGCCAAUUUUUGGUUGUGUUUCCAAUAUUUUUUACAAAGUGGUAGAGGAAAUAUAAAUGAUACCUUGUAUGUAAUGUCAUACUAAUCUCUUUCUUGCAUCUUACUGUUAGUAUUGGGAUGUUCCCUCUUUGCUGCAAAACUUGCUAUAAAACUUGAAGUCUACAGAGUAUUUAAUGUUGAUGUGCUGCUGGUAGUGUUCACAGUAAUGUAAAUAAAUAUCCAUAAAUUUAUUCUGAACGUACACACAAACGUUUUCAAAGAUUGAGGAAAGGAUUUACUGCUCCUUCCCCGUGACUAUUUGUUGUGUGUUUUUUAAAUAAAUAAAGUGAAUGCUGUGUAUAUUCACACAUCUUGCAACUGCACUGAAUUUUCUAAUGCUACAUAUAAUUCCUAGAUCAAUAGAGCAAUUUAAAUUGGCGUGUCCCACAUGCGCACACAUGCAUUUAUGCAAUCAAUGAUAAUAGGAAUUUUGACAGUUAAAUCCAUGUUUAUUCAGAACAUAAUUUGAACUUUAUGUUGUUUAAACCAUGUUAUUCUUGGUAUUGUGUCAUUCCUUAAAAUACUUGGUUGAGGCUGAGUAAGAUAAAUUAUUGCACUUGCCAAGUAUCUCCCAGAAAUUCUAAAUUUUCAGAUGAACAAUGUAGAACAAUUCUAUUGAAGUGCUUAUGGAAAGGUAUUGCUCCAUUAAUAUUGAAAUAAUUUUAGACAUCCUAUUCAAUGUGGAAUCGAGGCAUCUGUAUUGGACCAUUAACAAUUCAUUAUUAACAGUUACUAAUUGAAUAGUCCCGCUGUAAACUUAAUGCGAGGCAUGUCUAUGUAAUAAAAUUGUUUUGACUAUGUAGUUAGAGGCUGUUUUCCUGAGGUACACUGUAAAAUACUGCAAUGCACCUUAUUUAUGACCUAUGAGGCUCAACACUGUCAAUGGUAAAGAAGCAGAAUAUCUUUUUCCUGUGCUGUCACUAUUCCACUUUCUAAUGAGCACACAUACACGAGGACAUUGUUUCUGAGGUGAUAGCAUGACUGACAGUGGAGAUAAAUCUUGUGCAUCGAAAACGUGCAGUUUACGAUUGCGACCAGCGUCUACAACGAGUGAGUAUUCUGUGCCAGAAAUGUGAAAGGUAUGCAAUGAUCUGGCCAUUAUCCUGCCACGUGAUGUGAGUGAUGUAAUUAGGGAUAUAGCAAAGUUCAUUGUUACAUAUAAAUGAGGUCAGAAGCCAAAAGAGUUUUGCAGUUUCUGUUUAAUGGAAAGCGAAUAAUCUUCAGUGCUGUGAUCAGUGCGGCUGUAUGUUUUCCUAAGCCAGCAGGGUUGUCAUAAAUUGUAACUAGGAUACUUAGCACUAAAAUGCUUCAGCUUGAGUUACACUCAGUGGCGCUGACAGACAAAAUCCUGGUUGCUGAGAAUUAUGUUCAGCAUCAUCAGCUGCCACAAUUUGUUUGGGAAAUUUGUUGGCAAUCAAAAAGUUUGCAGAUAUCCUCAAUGCAGAUGUAUUAUACUUUUUUUCCAAACAAUUAUAACAGUUCCUCCUUAGCUACCACUAUCGCAAUGUUUGAGAAACAUUUAGACAUACACAUGGAGAGGAUAGGUUUAGAGGAAUAUGGGCCAAAUGCAGGCAGGUGGGACUAGUAUAGAUGGGACAUGUUGUUCGGUGUGGGCAAGUUGGGCCGAAUGGCCUGUUUCCAAGCUGUAUGACAAUGAUUCUCUCUCUACCUGAGAAUUCUGAGCCACAAUUUACUGCAUAAAAGGAUGAAUAAUAACAAUACUCCUCCAUUUUUAAGGUAUGAAAACAAAAUCCAUUAACUCACAGUCCCCUGGAACUAUUUAGUUAUGUCAUUAUUUUAUGGGUACAUUUUAUCAUUUAUGCAUAAUUUAUUGUUUGUGUGUUGUUUAAGUCUAUGUGUCUGUGAUACUGCUGCAAGCAAGAUUUUCAUUGUACCUGUACUUCAACGUACUUGUGCAUAUGAUGUCAAACUAGACUUGACUUGAGUCCUGUUUAAUAUCUCAGUGCUGUCUGUUAUAAUUUUUGCAGCAGUAACUUUUUUUUAAGCCUCUGCUAAUUUUAAAGAUUCAUCAUCAACAAUCAAGCACAAUUAAAUACAUCUGCAGACUCUGCCAAUGCCAACGUGUGUAUUUAAAUUCACUGCAUGUGACCCGAGAGAUAAUUUAAAACAACACAUGAAACAGGAUAUGCAAUUAUUGCAUUCUGUCUCCAUCUAUCUAAUUCAGUCCAACUAAUUUGCAGGUGAACCAAAGAAAAAUGUAAGAACAACUGCUUGGGCUUUCCAACGCCUUAAAACCCUAUAUGCAGAUAUACCAUACAUCAAAAAAGAACACAAAGUGCUGGUGUAACUCAAUGGGUGAGGCAGCAUCUCUGGAGAACACAAAUAAGUGACAUUUCGGGUCCCGACUGGAAACAUCACCUACCCAUGUUCUCCUGAGAUGCUGCCUGACCCGUUGAGUUACUUCUUCACUUUGUGUUCUUUUUUGGAGAUCAGCAUCUGUAGUUCCUUGUUUCUAAUUUCUAUGCCAUACAUCGCUCUGGCUAUGAUUAACCAUAAUCUGCUGUGUAUUGGUUCAGAAUAAGGAUAUUCUCCAAGAAGAGGUAGACUUAUGGCUGCUAAUGAAUUGCUGCAAGAACAGUCGUAAGUGCAAAAUAAGGCAGUUCAUUAAUACGUUCAUACCUAAGAUUUAGAAAGGAAUGACGGGAUUUUGUUUGAAUGUGAUAAAUCAUUGUGAUCUGGUAUUUACAGCCUGAAAGAAUGGAAUAUUUUAUAGUUCACAGUCAUUUAUUUAGUUAAUAAUGAUGAUUGGAUGUAUCAUUUCGCAACACAAAGCUUCUCACUUGUUCUGCCCAUUAUACAUUGUAAACUGCUGGCACUCGGUAUUGCCUAACUAUUCCAAUAUAUUUUCACUAUGACUGGUUUUAAAAUGCUUUUGUAAGGGUCUUUUCAACCACACUUUUUAAUAAUGCAUUUUUUAUUGACACACUGAACUGACACGUCAUCCUAACUCUUUCAAGAACAGACAAUGUUGGGAAUACUCAGCACCAGUGGUGAGAAAGCAAGUUAAUGAACUUCAGCAGGAUUGGAUGUGGACAGUUUAUAAGUUCUAAUAAAAGUCUACGGCUUAGAAAUGUAACAUCCGAGUUUGAGUGUAGCUCAAUUAUCAGCUAGGGAAUAACUGGGAAAAGAGUUUUCAAUUUGUGGGUGAUGUUCUUUUUAUGAUUCACUAUGAGACUGUUCUCUUUGAAAGAGGAGUAUUGCUGAUGAUGCAAUUCACUUUGAUUCCGUACUAUGAUUUGAUUAGUACGGGUGUCAAGGUUAAGGAGAGAAGGCAGGAGAAUGGGAUUAGGAGGGACAGAUAGAUCAGUCAUGAUUGAAUGGUGGAGUAAACUUGAUGGGCCGAAUGGCCUAUUUCUGCUCCUAUUACAUAUGACCUUAUAUCACUCCUUGCUGGGGCCUAGAGAGAAGCAAGAGAAAAGACUUUGAUCCUUUCUCAUAUCAAGGAAACUACACUUGUGGACGAAGCCUGUCAGUUAAUUUACACAAAUAUUUGCCGAAGUUAUUGGAUGGACUUCCUCUCUUUUCACACAUCAAUUGAAAAGAAUAAAAAUCAGAAGAGUAAAUACAUGGAAUGAUGGAAAUAUUAAACUUAAUUCUCCUCUGAAUCUAAGGCUGUAAUUUCCAACAACUGACCAAAAUGAGAUUACCACCUUGAGUAUCAGAUUCUGAUUAUGCUAUUAGUGCAUAGUGUGGCCAAUCACUGCAAGAAGAAAAUAAAUGAAAGGUUAUUGAUAUAAUAUAAUGAAAGGCAUUAAACAUGUCCCCAUAAUAGUCUCACUAAAACCAUAAAUUUUCUCAUCAGUAAUGAUUUGAGCAUUUGGUGUAAAGGUAAUGAGUGAUUCAUUCUAAAUAUUCAUGAGCUAACAUAUUCCGCCUGCUCUCCAUACAAAUCUUUCUUAUCCAGUCAAUCAUUUUCCAUUUUCUCACUCCUUUAUCCAAGAUGUUCUAAAUAUCAGAAAUAUCUGAACUAAUUAAUAUUCAAAGUGUUCCAGACAAUAAGAAGGAAUUCAAACAUGCACGAUCCUUUAUUGUUGAAGCUCGUCUGAUAAAUAACCAAAAACAAUGAACAUUAAUUGGAGAUAAAGCAUGUGUACAUAAUAGGAAGUAAUUAUCUGUACAUUUUUUUCUGACUCUGCUUAACGUUACUCUCAUACAAAACAGCUUUAUCAACCCACCCAGUGUAUGGCUGAAAAAAUGUCUUGCAUCUCAAGAUUCACUUCGAACAGUACAGUACAGGAACGAGCCCUUCAGCCCACAAUGUUUGUGUCGAACAUGAUACCUAGUUAAACUGAUCCAAUUGAAUUGAAGCUACAUGAAAAAGGAUUCAACUGCACCCAGAUUAAGUCAUGUUGUACCCAAUGUUGGACAAAACCAUGGUGGGGAACCCAAAACUGUUUCAUGAAUGAAGAUAAGUCUUUCACAAUGUAACAAAAGUGAAACCUCUUACUAUUCAGUCUUCUUCUUGCGUAUGGCGUGCACAGCAUAAAAUUGUAGGACAACUUGUUCUACUUGAUCUUAUUUGACUGUGCACACCGGGUUGAUUGCAUUAGUCAAAACAGGGCGGACCACGUGAAGGUUGCAAUCUUCCACCCCACUAUUCAGUUAUUCUGAAUAAUGGCUCCAAUGCAACAAAUUAUUGGAAAAAAAAAUAUCUUUCCACCAAAAGGUUGAUAAGCAUUUUAUGUUGCAGCAAUGCUUAUAUUUGCCUAGGUUUUGGCAUCUCUGCAGCCAUAAGUAGUGAUCAACAAUCAUGUAAAACAGAUACAAAAGUAAAGAUUCAUGUAAACCAAGUUUCUCUAACAGAUUGAUAAUUAGUACUGUUUGAUUAUGUAGUACUAUGUAAAAAAUGUAAAUUUGAAAAUAAAAAGUUAAGAAAAUAUAAAGUGUCAUCAAUUCUAAUUAUUUGAACAGAAUUGUUUAUUUUUGCUCAAUUCCUCGACUACGCAUUGACCUACCCUCCUCCUUUCUGUCCUGAGGAAAUUGGCUAAUGUUGGAGUUCAGAUACACCUUCAGGUUCAGUCCAUUAGCUUUUAAUAUCCCUGUGUGAUCAUCUGACAUCUGAUCUGCAAGGGUUUCAAACAAUAGGGAGAAAUACACAGUUAUUCCUGAUUCAGAUCAUCAGCAAUACCCCAUCUAUCAAACAGUCUCCUAAUAACAUGCCCAUGCAGAUAAUGGACACAAAAAGCUGGAGUAACUCAGCGGGUCAGGCAGCGUCUCUGGAGAGAAGGAAUGGGUGACGUUUCGGGUCGAGACCCUUCU